AAGAGAAAUCAGACUAUCUCUUCUCCAAAAACCAUUUGCUUCUAUAAAAGUGAAUAUUUGGCUCGUCUUUCCCAGUGAUGGUUGCCGGAGCAAAACUUACUAGGAAGAUACUUGACGGUACUGGCAUUCCAGGAAAGGAGAAAUUAAAGAUUGAGAUGGAGACAUUAAGUUGUUUCUUCUUUGUGUUGGUUAGUACCUUUGCUCUUUCAACUCUGGUGGGUCAUGCACAGGAUCAAUCAGGCUUCAUUAGCAUAGAUUGUGGGUUACCAGAUAAUGAUAGCUAUACCGAUUCAUUAACGAAGCUAAAUUAUAAUUCAGAUGCAGCAUUCAUUGACACUGGCAUAAGCAAGAGUAUAUCAUCUAAUUAUGGUGGAUAUGGCUUUUCUCGACAGCUACAGCAUGUUAGAAUAUUUCCUAAAGGAGACAGGAACUGUUAUAAAGUAGGCCUUGAUAUAGGAGUCAAAUAUUUGAUCAGAGCUACUUUCUUGUAUGGAAAUUAUAAUGGCCUGAACAAAAUACCACAAUUUGAAAUACAUCUAGGACCAAAUAAGUGGUAUACAGUGCAACCAGAGAGCGCAACCAUUUUAUUUUCCACAGAGAUCAUACAUGUAACAACAAGGAAUUACAUGUUUGUUUGCCUUGUGAAUACAGGCUACGGGACACCAUUCAUAUCGACAUUAGAGUUCAGACUUGUGAAAAAUAUUGUUGCUUAUCUGUGCAUUUUCAUUGGUCUUUUGCAUUCAAUUCUCAUGUAUCCGAGAACUUGUUUGGUCCAUAUUAGCUCGCUGGCAGUAGACGCCAUUGCUCUGUACUCUGCUUCUGCACUGGAUCUUGCAGUAAUGGUCUGUUUCUUGCUCUUCCAUGUUACUAGAUUACCUCCUACAAAGUCCCUUAGUCUGACAGGGGGACGAGUAAGUCGAGAUAAUCUUCUCGUGGCAAUUGCUUCAACCUGGGACUCAUCGUCUCCCCCUGAAGGAGUUGUCUCGGGAAGGAUAUUGACUCCCCCUGAAGAAGUUGCUUCGGGAAGCGGUGCAGGAAGCGACUCUUUGUCCAAUGCUGAACUGUUAAAAGAGGAAGUGUUAUCGAGAAAUAACAAAGUAGAUGACUCAGAAGCAUAUGGGGAAGUGAUUAAAUGUCUCAGGUUUCCAGAUGAUAUUUAUGAUCGUAUCUGGCAACCUUCUGAUGAUUUCAACGCAUGGAAAAAGUCGAAUGGCAAUCAAAAUCAUGAGUACAGUAAAAAUAAUUACACGCUACCAUCAAAAGUCAUGAGCACUGCUGUGGAACCAGCAAGUGCCACUGAGCCGCUGAAUUUCUCGAUACGUUCUGAAGGUACCGCAAGACAAUAUUAUGUCUACAUGCACUUCGCCGAGCCCGCAAUUCUCCAAGCUAACUAAUACAGGGAAUUUAACAUUAUUUUGAAUGAAGAAAAAUGGUAUGGACCAGUAAUUCCUAGUUAUUCGACCGAAAUAACUGUAUAUCCCAAAGCAGCAUCAAUCGGACGAAAUCUCAAUUUUUCACUAGAUAAAACUGGAUAUUCAACCCUUCCACCCCCCAUCAAUGUAAUUGAGAUAUACGAUGUAUUUGAACUCUCGCAAGUUCAAUCAGAUCAAGGAGAUGUUGAUACCAUAACAAAAAUCAAGUCGAUAUAUAACAUAAAAAGAAACUGGCAAGGUGAUCCGUGUGCCCCACAAGCCUAUGAAGGUCUCAAUUGCAGUUACAAUGACUAUGACGCGCCCAGAAUCAUAUCGUUAAACUUAUCCUCAAGUGGAUUGAGUGGUGAUAUUACUCCUUACAUAUCCAACCUGACAUUAUUAGAAACUCUAGACUUAUCAAACAACAGUUUGAGUGAAUCAGUGCCUGAUUUUCUGUCUCAUAUGUCCUCUCUGAAAGUUCUAAACAUAUCAGGAAACCAACUCACAGGUUCAGUUCCAUCCGCACUCCUUGAAAAGUCAAAGAAGAACUUGUUAGUAUUAAGUUCUGAUGGAAAUCCAGACCUAUGUGCAUCCUUUUCAUGCAAGAAGAAAAACAACACCUUUGUUGUUCCAAUAGUGGCAUCUGUUGGUACAGCGCUUAUCAUCAUGGCUGCUCUCGCAGUCUGGUUUUGGAGCUUUAGAAGAAGAAAACAGCAAGGUAACUUUUACCAGUCAGAAGUAUGGGUGCCAGAGACAAAAUAUCGACAGCCUACAUAUGCUGAGGUCCUGAAAAUAACUAACAACUUAGAGAGGGUUCUUGGUAAGGGAGGAUAUGGAACAGUUUACCAUGGCUUCUUACAUGGCAUUGAAGUAGCUGUAAAAAUGCUCUCUCCAUUGUCAGUCCAGGGGAGUAUUCAGUUUCAAGCAGAGGUACCUCUUGAAUGUAAACUUCUUCUGAGAGUUCAUCACAGAAACUUGACAAUCCUUGUAGGUUUCUGUGAUGAAGGCACCAACAUGGGGCUCAUCUAUGAGUACAUGGUUAAUGGAGAUUUAGAAAGGCAUCUAUCAGUCACAAACACAAAUGUAUUGAGUUGGAAGAGGAGGCUUCAAAUAGCUAUUGACGCAGCAAAAGGAUUGGAGUAUCUACACAACGGGUGCAGGCCGCCAAUUAUACGCAGGGAUGUCAAGACUUCAAACAUCUUAUUAAAUGAUACAUUCCAAGCCAAACUGGCUGAUUUUGGACUUUCCAGACCUUUCCCAGUUGAAGGGGGAACUCAUGUAUCAACUACUGUUGUUGGAACUCCUGGUUACCUUGAUCCCGAAUGCUCUAUGACAUGCAGGCUAACAGAGAAAAGUGAUGUCUACAGCUUUGGCAUUGUUCUUUUGAGGAUAAUCACAGGCAAACCUGUGUUUGCAAAAGCCAAUACAAGGAAUACUCAUUUACGUCAAUGGGUUAGUGCCCUGGCUGCAAAUGGAGAUAUUAAAAGCAUUGUUGAUCCAAGGUUAACCGGAGAUUUCAACAUUAACUCUAUCUGGAAGGCUGUAGAAACUGCCCUGGCUUGUUCAUCUCCAACUUCCGCUCGAAGGCCCGCUAUGCUUCAAGUAGUGACCGAACUGAAUGAGUGCUUAGAAGAAGAAAUAGCUCGAUCAAAGGUGAUACAUGGGAUUGAAUUAAAUGGUUCCACUGGAGUGAUCGAUGACUCCAUUCCCCUAGCUAGGUAGUUGUUUUCACUUUUCAUUUUCACCGUAACAAAUGUCCAUCCAUGUGUUGGUUUUGCCUUUCUUCAAGUCUACGAAAUGAUUUCAGUCUUCCAGUGAAAUAAAUUGAAAUGAAGUUUGUACCUUAAUAAAACAAAUUACUAGUGGAGCCUGCUAAUGUUAU